GAUGUGCCGAGUUGAUUCUGCAGCCGCUGCUACUCAAAACAAAGUACGAUACUCUGGCUGACAGCUCCAAGGACCCCAACAUCCAACUCUUGGUCUUCAACGGGAACAAGACAGGCUUCCGCGUGUGGACCCAGAAGUUCGUACAGCACCUUAAGGUACUGACCACUGCGAAAGUUGGCCUAUGGUUGGCUAAUCGGACGAGCCGAUCUGAGCCGAUGAUCAAGUUCGAAGACUGGCUUUCUGGCGAGCCACCCGUGGUACAUGGUGCGAACGAAUCUGAGCAACGGUGGUACUCCCACUAUCGAUCUGAGCAAGGUCAAUACAUCAGAAUUCUGGUCAGCAAGGCCCUCCCUGAUGCCUUUACCCAGCAAUUCAAGGACACCUUUCGUGUAGACCAGCCCGUCCACCUACUCUGGGCCGCCGUCGACAAACGUUAUGGGAAGUCGAACGUCAACACGGUUUAG